AGACAACACAAUGGCGGCUGUCCAGAUUGGCUAGCGCGGACUUGAUAGAAUUCGAAUCGGGACGGAACGUGCAGCAAACCGUUUGUGAAAUGUCACGCAUUCCAGUGCCAUCUCAUCACCCUCCCUCCUCCCAUCGCGCUCCAGGUGCUCAACAACGUCCAGAAUCUCCCGUCUCCUUCCCCGAACGCGGUACCUCGCCUCUUCCAGGUGUCUCCCAGAGGCCCCAGUCAUCCGCCGCCAUGUCCACCGUAUCUAACUCCCUGGCAGAGACGCGCAAGAAGCAGUCAAAGAGAGAUGAGGCUAUCCGCAAGAAGAUUGAGUCUGAGCUGUCGCGCAAGCGUGCUAUCUCCACCGCCCCGCACAGCUCGAAUCGCAGGCGGGGACAUAAGUCGAAUGCGCAGAAGGGCACCGUCGCUGCGCUCAAGCCCAGUCCCGCUCUGACGGUCCCGGAGAACAUUACGGUCGCGGACGCUAGUCAGCUCUGCGCGGCGAAGCGGACUGAUUGCGUGCUUGUCGUCGACGACGAUGAGGGCCUCAGUGGAAUUUUCACCGCAAAGGACCUGGCGUACCGGGUCGCCGCGGACGGUCUGGACCCUCAUACGACCCAGGUCAGCACGAUCAUGACGAAAAAUCCGAUGGUGACGCGCGAUACGACGAGUGCUACGGAGGCUCUUCAACUUAUGGUCCAACGGCAUUUCAGGCAUUUGCCCGUGUGUAACGAAGAGGGCAAUGUUGUCGGCCUACUGGAUAUCACCAAGGUCUUUCAUGAGGCCUUGGAUAAGGUAGAGCGCAGCUCCUCUGCCUCUGAGAAACUCUACACCGCGCUCGCGGGCGUUCAGUCCGAGCUCGGCGCGAACAUAGGCGCGAACCCACAAGCGGCCGCCAUGUUGUCCUACGUGGAAGCACUCCGUGAGAAGACCGCGCUCCCAGAUCUUACGUCCGUCAUGGACUCGCGCACGCAGCCUGCCACUGUCGGCCCGAAGACUACCGUGCGGGAGGUGGCGAAGCUCAUGAAGGAGCGUCGCACGACGGCGGUGUGCGUGAUGGAGAUAGGGCCACAUGGACCUGGCGUGGUCGACCACGAGCCGAAGAUCGCUGGUAUCUUCACCAGCAAGGAUAUCGUGCUGCGUGUGAUCGCAGCAGGGCUGGAUGCGAGCAGGUGUAGUGUUGUGCGUGUGAUGACCCCCCACCCCGAUACUGCUCCUCCUACCAUGACUUGCCACGACGCGCUCAAGAAGAUGCACAACGGUCACUACCUUAACUUACCAGUUGUCGAGGAGGAUGGACGUUUGGUGGCAAUUGUGGACGUGCUCAAGCUGACCUAUGCAACGCUCGAGCAGAUGAAUGCGAUCUCUGCAGAAGCUGCAGCAGUAGAACGUGAAGAUCAGACUGGGCCACUGUGGGGUCGAUUCUUCGAGUCUCUCGAUGACACCGAAUCCGCCAUCUCUGGGUCCAACUUCCCGAGCGAGCUGCAGAUCCGUCACACAAAUCGGAGCACGUCCCAAAUUCUCCAAUCACCGCAGUCUGAGGUGCACCCGAACGACUCGGCCUCGGCUGUGGAUGAUGAUGCGUCUUCUGCACUUGAGGGCUACUCCAGGAGAAACGGGGAGCCUCUGCCAUCUAUCGUUGGGCCAACUACGCCCGCACCGCCUGUAGAUGACGGGACGUAUGUCUUCAAGUUCCGCACACCCAGCGGCCGUACACACCGGUUCCAGGCGCGGCACGACAAUGUAGAGAACCUGCGCGAUAUCGUUGGCGGAAAACUCGCUACCGAUCCGUUCUUUACGAACUACAGAAGCAGGGACCCGCUGGAGCCGCCUCCGGACCCGACAGACUUUUUGUUGUCAUAUACCGACGCGGACGGUGACAUUGUGCUCAUUACGUCCGACUCGGACGUAUCUGAUGCAGUUAAGAUCGCGCGAGCUGGGGGAGCGGAUCGUGUGGUGCUGUUCAUCCAGGGAGGGAAAGGAUGGGCGGAGGUGAUGGCAGAGAAGAGCGCUCAGGCUGCGGAAGUCGCGGCGGCGAUGGAGCGCGAGCUCAGGGAGCUCAGGGAGGCCGAUAAGGUGGAUGCGGUUCUGCCGGAGCCUGUAACGAACGUCACGCCUCCGCGUCCAGUGCAGGCCGCCGCCGAGGAAGAGAAGGUGCUGGGCAUUCCGAAGGAGUUAUUGUUGCCUGCGAGCAUAACUGCGCUGGCGGUGGUGAUUCUCAGUGUGUUCACUGCUUCUCGACUCUCGGGUAGGUAAAAGUGGACUCAUGGAUCCGUUAUGAUAAUCUCUACUCUCGUAUACCACGUAUACCUAACAGCUGCUAUGCAGUUCUGACA